AUGGUCUACACAGGCCAAGGCCUGAGGAAGAAAACCCAAGAUGAGGUGAAAGUGAUGCAGCAAAUAUGCGGGGGACAGAACCACUGUGUAUACAAGGGACUGCUCCAGCCAGAAGAGCAAUUCCAGUUCAAGUCUCAGCGCCACAUAGGUUUCCCCUUCAGCGCUACCUUCUACGUGAACGGCAUCAUGGCGGGCCGCAUCAGCUCCUGUUGUGAGUACCGCUACACGCCCGGCGCCCUGCAGGGCAAGAAAAGCUGCUUCAAGCUGACACGCCUCGCUGGAGGGAAGCCCUGCUACAG